GAAGGCGCGAGUACAUACAUGGUGAAUUUUUUAAUCUCACAAUUUCGAACCAAAUGGUUUGAGUCUUGGCUAAAAUUGAUUUUGUGCCGAGAGAAAGAGUCAGAGGGAUGAUGCUUAUUCUGUUUAUCUUAGGUGGCUUGCGGUACCCUCUCCAUUCAUGCUGCUUGCUUCUUGCGUCUCAAAUCUGGCCACACUGUCUUGUCAUAACAUGUAGACAUAACCUAAAAUUGUUGCAAAUGACGGAAAACGUACGUAUGCGUAUCUAUCAAAAAUUUAAGAAGAAUUUUACAUGUCAAACAUUAAUACUGUGAUAGAAAGGAAUUUUGUAUAAAACAAUUAAAAAAAUGAAAUAUUCUACUUCACCACCGACAAGUCGAUGUCAUUCCCCUGUUCCAACAGAAUUUUCAUCUUCGUUGCCAAUGCCAAUCGUUUACAGACAUAAUUGUAUGGGUGCUGCAACAAAAUGCUACAAGUAUUUAAGAAAACUAUUAAAGUUUGAACAAAUGGAUUUCGAGUUUGCUCUUUGGCAAAUGAUUUUUCUAUUUGUGGCACCGCAGAAAGUAUAUAGAAACUUCCAAAACAGAAAACAAACAAAAUCACAAUUUGCAAGAGAUGAUCCAGCAUUUUUAGUAUUGGUUACAUGCUGCCUUUGUAUAUCAACCAUCGGUUUCGCCGUAGUAUUGAACUUAAAAUUCUUUCAGUUUGUCAAGUUGUUAUUUUACAUGGUUUUUAUUGAUUACAUAGCUGCUGGAUUGUUAAUAGCAACAAUAUUUUGGUUUACAUCUAAUCGAUAUCUCAGGGUAGACAGGACACAAGAUGUUGAAUGGGGUUAUGUAUUUGAUAUCCAUUUGAAUGCAAUGUUUCCUCCUUUAAUUAUACUCCAUAUUUUCCAAUUAUUUCUAUAUAAUGCUUUAAUAAAUUACGAUACAUUCUCAGCAAGAUUUAUCGGCAAUACAUUUUGGCUUAUAGCUAUUGGUUAUUAUAUUUACAUCACGUUCCUUGGCUAUGCAAAUAUUGAAAUACUUCAUAAAACGCAUCUGAUAUUAUCCACGUUACCAAUAAUGCUGCUGACAUAUAUAACUACAUUAUGCGCGGGUAUUAAUAUUAGUCAUUUAGUAAUGGAAUUUUAUCGGUAUCGGGCUUUGUAAAUAUGCCAUAUCAUAUGUAAUUAAGAUAUGUAUCAAACUUUUAUUACAAAUCAGGUAUGUAUUAAUAUUAGAAUAAUAUUAUAUACUUGAUAUACAUAUUUGAUUAUACAUGAAUGCAAGUUUUU